AUGAUAUUCGGACGACUGAGCAAUAGUCGAAGGUUUUAUAACCAAUGGGGUCAAUUAGCAAGAAUUUAUAGAAAUUGUGAAAGCCAGAAUGUUUCUGCCAGACUCCCCACGAAACUGGAGUUGAUGACAGCUUCCAAAACAGUCCGAUGCGGAGUGGUUGUUGGUUCCCUGACGUCACAGAGAGAUUCCGCGUUCUUGAGUGCUCUGUUGGCGGACGUUUACGCUACAGACCAAUACUGGUUUCGGGAGUUUCACAACAGAUAUAGAAACGGGCCAGACCCCCAGAAAACGGGCGCCAGGCUCAUCAGGUAUGCGGCAGCGCUGGACGUGCAAAAAGAGGGACAAACAACAGUAUAUGGGCUGCCGUCACCGUGGCUCCGUGAACAUGGUGUAGAACUACACGAAACAGACGCGGCUCUGUUCCAGAAAGAUGCUUCAAGUGACGGGUGUCAUUUAUAUCUUGACAUCAAUUCGCAAUUGGCAGAUUCUAAAAGCCAAUGGCCCAUUCUGAAAGUGACAGACUCAAAUGCAGAAACACCAUUGGGAUCUCGUGAGGUAAACAGCGAGAAAGCAUUGUCGGGAGUUUUGAAGUUCAUGGAAAGCAAAAGGAACGUAAACCUGUACCUAAAGAACCUCGAGGCCUCAAACUUUUUACCUGUUACCAAAAAUUUUGGGAGCGUGCUCGACAACAAACCGCAGAUUAUUCAGAAUCUCGGGAAGGCCGUGGUCCAAAACAUAUACAACACAGACACCGCCAUACAACUCCACGAAAAAGCACGAGCCCUGAACCUCAAGGUUGAGCACGAUAUUGCAGAUUGGACUACUCAGGCUCACACUCAUCUAUUAUCUGAUUUCAAACCUCGACUGGAUCAGUUUGUUCAUGAUCAGUUGUCGGUCUUCAAAGUCUAUUCUUACUCCGAAAGCAAGAUGGAAUUGAAACUUCGUGAACUUUGCAACCUUGCAGACAGUUCAGGCGUAACGGAACGUAUUGAUUACUUGCGUGGUCAGUUGAGUCUGCCUCAAGUGCCGGAUUCUUCACCCAGCAAUCGCAUAUUCGACAGAAUUCCGACACUGCAUAAAAACGUCAAUAAGCUCAUCUACAAGCAAUUUUUCACGCUUCAAUUGCCUUUGGUGGUUUGCAGUACCUUUGGCUUACUUUCUGGUCAAUUCUCCGCUUAUUCCAUGGGCUCACUAGCUAUGCUGGGCAUUGUCUUAGGUGCCAGCAGGGUCAUGAAGAGAUGGUCAUCAAUGUUGAAUCAUUUUGAAGAUGAAAUCAUAGACGCAAAGAGAGUAGAGAUUGAAAGCGCACGCAAAACUAUCCAAAAUGAAUGGUCCAGACAAUUCGGUGAACGUGAACUAAAUUUUCAGAAAAAGGUACAACUUCUAAAACAUUUAGAAGAAGAGUGA